CCCCUUCUUCAAUAUUACAUGUUGCUGCUGUGGACAGUGUAACGUGCCUCGAUGAGUUGACAUUGAAUGACUGGUGCAUUCAUCCGACACGGUGACUUGAGUCACCAACGUCUCAUCGCCAAUCGGCAAUGGCAACGCACUUGGCUUGCUAUGACUGUGUGCUAACUUCCAAAUGAGGCUUAUAUGGCCUCGCGCCUUCUUUCGUGCUCACAGUGACAUACACCCGGGCAUUCAGAGGUUGGAAAAUUCAUAAACCAGACCAGCAACACCAAGCUCGACCUAUCGCUGCCUUGGUGGCCAAGGCUGGAUCCUCCUCUCUUCCGGACUCGUCGCCGGGAUCCCUUGCCGUCACAUCGAGCAACAAUUCACUGUUCUGAGCAUUCCGCACCGAGAUGGUUACUUUGGAUGGCUCCACCCUCGAAGGUGGUGGCCAGCUCGUCCGCGUCGCCCUCUCCUUAUCGUCCAUAUGCAGUAUCCCACUACGCGUUACCAAUAUUCGAGCCAAUCGCGCGCCUCAAGGAAGGCAAUCAUCGCACCACGCCCACCGAAGCAAGGGCAAGAGCAAACACUCCCGCAACGACCGCAAACCAGAGGGCGGGCUCAAGGAGAGUCACCUGGUCGCUCUGAACUGGUUGGCAGACAAGUGCAACGCAGACGUUCAAGGAAAUGAAAUCGGCUGUCGGGAUGUCAUAUUCAAGCCAGCAAGACGGAAGGGAAACUAUUCACGAGCGACCCGUGGACCUGAAGAAGCCCUUCCGGAAGUCAUUGAGCUCCAGAAACCAGGCAGUGUGUGGUUGAUUUGGCAGGCGAUCUUCCCGUACAUCGUGUUCUCUUUGCUAGAUACGGAGGGGCAGCACAGUGCCCAUACAGCCGAGCAUACCAAAGCCUCGAAUGGUGCACAGGCUCAAUCUGAAAUAGCUUUCCGCAUCAUACUCAAGGGCGGCACCAACGUCCCCAAAUCCCCAUCAAGCGAGUAUAUGCAGCAAGUCUUCCUUCCACUAUGUCAAAAGAUCGGCCUCCCCAAAGUCGAUGUCGUCGUCAAGAAGCGCGGCUGGGCUGGCAGUGCCCCAGACAUCGGCGAGGUCGAUAUCAUUGUACACAAACCCGAUACAUCCCAAGCAGGAUGCCACCUACCGCCAUUCCACCUCCACUCGCCAGGACUCAUCACAUCCAUCACGAUGACCAUCAUCGCCGGGAGCACUCAGACACACACGCUCCUCGAGACCGAAGUGAUAUCUGCCAUACGGGCUGCACCAACGUUCACGUCGCUAAAUCUGCCGAUCACACUGCAUCCGUCAAGUACGUCGUCUGGGGACGAGCGGCGGCUGUACAUCCUCCUCGUCGCACAUACCGUGAACGGAUACGCCUUGGGCCGCGAUUAUCUAGCAUCUGGGAAGAACAUAUCGUCCGACAACGACAGACGCCACAUCAUCGACCAGGCAGUACGCCAGGUCGUGCACGUUUUCGCACACGAGUGUGAAAGAGGCGGGUGCGUUGACGAGUUUGCGGAGGAUCAGAUUGUUGUGUUUCAGGCUCUGGCCUCAGGCAAAACGAGUGUGGACGCCGGCAAACAUGACCGAAUGGAGAAAGAGAGGGAGAUGGAGACCGGAAGUCUACAUACGCGGACAGUAAGGUGGGUUUGUUACGAGGUGCUGGGCACGGUGUUCGAUGGGCAGGGCGGGUGCGUGGGCAGAUUUGAUGGUGGUGACGUCGAGACAGUCAGCAAUGGACUUGAUGGACGGAAUAUCAGUUUUGAUGGUACAGAAGACGGGGAUGAUGUUGGCUGAACGCAGCAUGAUGCUCAUGGGCAGCUUAGUGUCUGUCUUCGAGGCUCGAAACGACUGUUUGACAGCCUCGCUAGUUGCUAAACUUUUCACCCUGACAAUACCAAUAUGUGCGGCCCUCGUCAUUCAUGUCGCUGCCCACAGGAUGAAACGCUCAUGACCUGCUGCCCUUCCUAACACCCUCCACCGAACUUU